AUGGAACCAGGUAAGGAGAAAGCUCUCCCUACCACUAAAGAGGGACUCAAACAAAUCGCAGGAAAGGCCCUUGGGAAACUGCACAGGAGGCUGGAAAAGCGGCAGCAGACAGGUGAGGUGAUCGAGCUGACGGAGGAUGGGAGACCCUCGGCGGGCCAGGAGCGCAAGGCGCCCCUAUGUGACUGCACAUGCUUCGGGCUUCCGCGCAGAUACAUCAUCGCUAUGCUGAGCGGGAUGGGCUUCUGCAUCUCCUUCGGUAUCCGGUGUAACUUGGGUGUGGCCAUAGUCAGCAUGGUCAAUAACAGCACAAUCCAUCAAAACGGCAAGAUCAUCAUAAAAGAGAAAGCGAAAUUUAACUGGGACCCAGAGAUCGUGGGAAUGAUUCAUGGAUCCUUCUUCUGGGGCUACAUAGUUACUCAGAUUCCGGGAGGGUAUAUCUCCUCGAGACUGGCUGCAAACAGAGUUUUCGGGGCUGCCAUUGUGCUGACAUCCACCCUGAACAUGUUCAUUCCCUCUGCUGCCCGGGUGCACUAUGGAUGUGUCAUCUUUGUGAGGAUAUUACAAGGGCUGGUGGAGGGAGUGACUUAUCCAGCCUGCCAUGGGAUCUGGAGUAAAUGGGCUCCACCGCUGGAAAGAAGUCGUCUGGCAACCAUCUCUUUCUGUGGAUCCUACGCUGGUGCAGUGAUAGCUAUGCCUCUGGCUGGGAUCCUGGUCCAGUACACAGGAUGGUCCUCUGUCUUCUAUGUUUACGGAUGCUUUGGGAUAUUUUGGUACAUGUUCUGGAUCUUGGUGUCCUACGAGAGUCCAGCAGAGCACCCGACCAUCACUGAGGAGGAGCGCCGUUACAUCGAGGAGAGCAUCGGUGAAAGUGCACAGCUGAUGGGCGCAAUGGAAAAAUAUAAGACCCCCUGGAGGAAGUUCUUCACCUCCAUGCCUGUCUAUGCAAUUAUCGUGGCAAACUUCUGCAGGAGCUGGACUUUUUAUCUGCUCCUCAUUAGCCAGCCUGCAUACUUUGAAGAGGUGUUUGGCUUUGAAAUCAGCAAGGUUGGAGUUGUGUCAGCUCUCCCUCAUUUGGUCAUGACCAUCAUCGUGCCCUUAGGAGGCCAGUUAGCGGACUACCUGCGGACCCACAAUAUAAUGUCCACCACUAUGGUCCGGAAAAUCAUGAACUGCGGAGGGUUCGGUAUGGAGGCUACUCUUCUAUUAGUUGUAGGUUUUUCUCACAGUAAGGGGGUGGCCAUCUCUUUCUUAGUUCUGGCGGUGGGAUUUAGCGGAUUUGCAAUAUCAGGUUUCAAUGUCAAUCAUCUGGACAUCGCUCCACGCUAUGCCAGCAUCCUCAUGGGAAUUUCCAACGGUGUGGGUACCCUGUCAGGGAUGGUCUGCCCUCUAAUAGUAGGAGCCAUGACAAAGAACAAGACCCGGGAAGAGUGGCAGUAUGUCUUCCUCAUUGCGGCCCUCGUGCAUUAUGGGGGCGUGGUGUUUUAUGGGAUAUUUGCAUCUGGGGAGAAACAGCCAUGGGCCGACCCUGAAGAAACCAGCGAUGAGAAGUGUGGCUUCAUAGAUGAGGAUGAGCUGGCCGAGGAGACAGGUGACAUCACGCAGGGUUACGGCGCAAUGGGCGGCCCGGCCAAAAGCUAUGGGGCCACUGCACAGCUCAACGGAGGAUGGGUGCAGGACUGGGAUAAGACGGAGGAGUAUGUGCAGGAACCGGUGGGAAAGAUGUAUACUGAGCGUGGCUACUCUUAAACCAGACAGUCGUGGGCUUCACUAUACAGAGAGCACUUGCAAAGAAAGCUGCAGGCUUAUGUUGUACUCCUUAGGCACCCAAACCUCAUCAACCUACUUGAACAACAUGAG